UGAAAUCGGAAAAAACAAAGAAGAGAGAGAGAAUGGAAUCGAACUUUCCACACUUUCAAUUUUCCACCGACUAAUCCGACCAGGAAACCCAAAUAUUGAAGCUUCUAGAGCAUUUCCUCUUCCUAUAUCAGGACCAUCAUAACUAUCUUUGAACUAAUCCAACAUUUGUUUCCUCAAUCGCUUGUAAUUUUCUUCUCUCAGGCUAUUUCUCAAACAAUUAGCGAUGGCUGACGAUGGAGCUGUGACUCUCUACAAUAACAGCGCCAUUACAGAUGCCAAGAAGAACCCUUUUUCCAUCAAGGCUGGUUUAGCUCAAAUGCUUCGUGGCGGGGCCAUUCUCGAGGUCUCCAGCGUACAGCAAGCAAAGAUUGCAGAAGAAGCUGGUGCUUGUUCUAUCAUGGUUUCAGAGCCAGGGCUACACCAAGGAAUUCGGCGAAUGCCUGACCCAUCUCUUAUCAAGGAGAUAAAACGGGCGGUUUCGAUUCCUCUAAUGGCUCGUGCUCGUGUUGGUCAUUUUGUUGAGGCGCAGAUACUGGAAGCUAUUGGAGUUGAUUAUAUCGAUGAGAGUGAGUUGCUUGCCCUAGCAGAUGAGGAUAAUUUUACUAACAAGCAUAACUUUAGGUGCCCAUUUAUUUGUGGGUGUCGAAAUCUGGGUGAAGCGUUAAGGAGAGUGAGAGAAGGCGCGGCGAUGAUAAGGACACAAGGGGAGAUAUUAGGCCAAGGUAAUGUUGCUGAGACAGUGAAGAAUGUGAGAAAUGUUAUGAAGGAGGUGAGGGUUUUGAACAAUAUGGAUGAGGACGAGGUUUUUGCGUUUGCGAAAAAGAUUGCUGCGCCUUAUGAUCUUGUAGCGCAGAUUAAGCAGAUGGGAAGGUUGCCUGUUGUGCAGUUUGCUGCAGGAGGUAUUGUGACGCCUGCUGAUGCUGCACUAAUGAUGCAAUUGGGAUGUGAUGGGAUUUUUGUGGGAAGCGAGGUUUUUGAUUCUGCUGAUCCGUACAAGAGAGUGAGGGGCAUAGUGCAGGCCGUUAGGCAUUAUAAUGAUCCUCAUGUUUUGGUUGAGAGCAGCUGUGGAUUGGAGGAUUCAAUGGCAGAACUUAAUCUUAGCGAGGACAGGAUUGAACAGUUUGGUCGUGGUGGAGAGUAGCGGAUCCACUUGCUAGUGUGUAUCUUGCUUUUAUGCUUUGAGGUCCUUUUUUUCAAGGUUAUGGCUGAGGCAUAGUUAAUGUUUCUUGUUCUAUUUGUUUUGUCAUUAAAUCAGUAUGUUGGAUGUUGCAUCUCUGUGUGUGAAAAUACAAAUUUGAAUUAGAAUAAGCUGGUUCAUCAGCAUACUUAUCC